CAAGGUGGAAAAGGAAGCACACAAAAACUUGGACGAGCUGGAAGAGAGAUUACACAAGGAAUUGGAUGAGAAGGGUCACCAGAUACAGGAACUGGACGAGAAGGGUCAGAAUGUACAUGAAGAACUAGAUAAGAAGAGCCCACAAAUACAUGAAGAACUGGACCCUAAGGAACGUGGGACACAGGGGCUGGAUAAAAAAGAGCCAAAUUCACGCAGGGAUGUGCAUGGAAAGGACCAGGACCGCCAGACUUCGAGUCGCAGCGCCCGCAGUGGGGACCCGCAGCGGGACGCGGUCUCCGCAGCCCGAACCUUAAGCGGGAUGUCGGUGGUGGGCAUUGAUCUCGGCUUCCUCAACUGCUACAUCGCCGUAGCGAGGAGCGGCGGCAUCGAGACCAUCGCCAACGAGUACAGCGACAGGUGCACGCCGGCCUGUAUAUCUUUGGGAUCCAGAACUCGAGCCAUUGGAAAUGCAGCUAAGAGCCAGAUAGUCACAAAUGUAAGAAAUACAAUUCAUGGCUUCAAAAAGCUUCAUGGGCGAUCAUUUGAUGACCCCAUUGUGCAAACAGAGAGGAUCAGGCUUCCGUAUGAGCUGCAGAAGAUGCCUAAUGGAAGUGCAGGCGUUAAGGUGCGGUACCUGGAAGAAGAGCGGCCCUUUGCAAUUGAGCAAGUCACUGGGAUGUUGCUGGCUAAGCUUAAAGAGACCUCAGAAAAUGCUCUGAAGAAGCCAGUGGCUGACUGUGUGAUCUCGAUCCCGAGCUUUUUCACCGAUGCAGAGAGAAGAUCCGUGAUGGCCGCAGCCCAGGUUGCAGGCCUAAACUGUCUGAGGCUGAUGAAUGAAACCACUGCAGUUGCACUGGCAUAUGGAAUUUAUAAGCAGGAUCUUCCCUCAUUAGAUGAGAAACCAAGGAAUGUUGUGUUUAUCGACAUGGGACAUUCUGCCUACCAGGUCUCUGUUUGUGCUUUUAACAAAGGAAAACUGAAAGUGUUGGCUACUACCUUUGACCCAUAUUUGGGUGGUAGGAACUUUGAUGAGGCUUUAGUAGACUACUUCUGUGAUGAAUUCAAGACCAAAUAUAAGAUAAAUGUCAAAGAGAACUCUCGGGCCUUGUUGCGACUGUAUCAGGAGUGUGAAAAACUAAAGAAGCUGAUGAGUGCAAAUGCGUCAGAUCUUCCCCUAAACAUCGAGUGUUUCAUGAAUGACCUUGAUGUUUCUAGUAAGAUGAACAGGGCUCAAUUUGAGCAGUUGUGUGCUUCCCUCUUGGCCAGGGUUGAACCACCUUUAAAAUCAGUAAUGGAUCAAGCUAACUUACAACGUGAAGACAUAAACAGCAUAGAAAUUGUGGGAGGGGCCACACGGAUUCCGGCAGUCAAGGAGCAGGUGACUAGGUUCUUUCUGAAAGACAUCAGUACCACCCUGAAUGCUGAUGAAGCCGUCGCCCGAGGAUGUGCGUUGCAGUGUGCGAUUCUCUCACCAGCAUUUAAAGUACGUGAAUUUUCCAUAACUGACCUUGUUCCCUACUCAGUCACAUUAAGGUGGAAGACUUCUUUUGAAGAAGGGACUGGGGAAUGUGAAGUCUUCUCUAAGAACCACCCGGCCCCAUUCUCAAAGGUCAUAACUUUCCACAAGAAGGAACCAUUUGAACUAGAAGCAUUUUAUACUAAUUUGCAUGAAGUGCCUUAUCCUGAUCCAAGAAUUGGAAACUUCACUAUUCAGAAUGUUUUCCCACAGUCUGAUGGUGACAGUUCUAAAGUAAAAGUUAAAGUUCGUAUUAAUAUCCAUGGAAUCUUCAGUGUGGCCAGUGCGUCAGUAAUUGAGAAGCAGAAUCUGGAAGGAGAUCAUAACGAUGCCACUAUGGAAACUGAAGCUCCUAAGAGUGAAGGCAAAGAGGAUGUGGACAAAAUGCAGGUUGACCAAGAAGAAGGAGGUCAUCAGAAAUGUCAUGCUGAGCAUACCCCAGAAGAAGAGAUCGACCACACCGGGGCCAAAGCAAAGGUACCUCUUUCAGAUAAGCAAGAUCGCAUAAAUCAAACUAUUAAAAAAGGGAAAAUCAAGAGUAUUGAUCUACCUAUCCAGAGUAGCCUGUACAGACAGCUGACUCAAGACCUUCUCAAUAGUUACAUUGAAAAUGAGGGGAAGAUGAUAAUGCAGGAUAAAUUAGAGAAAGAAAGAAAUGAUGCUAAAAAUGCUGUUGAAGAAUACGUCUAUGAUUUCAGAGACAAAUUGGGCACUGUCUACGAAAAGUUCAUCACUCCAGAAGACAUGAAUAAGCUGUCUGCAAUGUUAGAAGACACAGAAAAUUGGCUUUAUGAAGAAGGAGAAGACCAGCCUAAACAAGUUUAUGUGGAUAGGCUUCAGGAAUUAAAGAAAUAUGGCCAGCCCAUUCAAAUGAAGUACGUGGAGCAUGAAGAGAGACCAAAAGCUUUAAAUGACUUGGGGAAAAAGAUUCAGCUUGUCCUGAAAGUGAUAGAAGCACACAGAAACAAGGAUGAAAGAUAUGAUCAUCUGGAUCCUGCAGAAAUGGAGAGAGUUGAAAAGUACAUCAGUGACUCCAUGAACUGGCUAAACAGUAAGAUGAAUGCACAGAAUAAAUUAAGUCUCACUCAAGAUCCCGUGGUAAAAGUGUCAGAAAUAGUUACAAAGUCAAAGGAACUGGAUAAUUUCUGUAACCCCAUCGUUUAUAAGCCCAAACCAAAAGUAGAAGCUCCUGAAGACAAAGCAAAAACUGGUAGUGAGCACAAUGGACCAAUGGACGGACAGAGUGGCUCAGAGACCAGCCCAGAUCCACCCAAAGGAAGCUCGCAGCACACCGACUCCGGAGAGAUGGAAGUGGACUAAGUGUCAUGUUAUCCAAGCAGUGGGUUAACUAAAGGGCCCAUUCAUCCUUUAUGCCCGGUACACACAACAUAUGUUCAGUUGUUCUUAACUACUUUUGUCAUUUGUUUUUUGGAGUAGUUUUGAAAAGUGUCUAUAUUGAGUGCACUAUUGCUGUCCAUUGCUGCUGUGAAGCCUUAGCUGAAUAUAGAUGUACAAAUCAGUUUGAGCUCUCCUUACAUACUUUGUGUCAGUAUGCAGGACUGCUAUGUACUCGGCAACCAUCCACUGUAGUCACAGCUUCUACUUGCAUAGCCCUCAGCUCCUCGAUGCAGGAAGGGGGCACUGCAUUGCUCUUUUGUUGCAGAGGCAGGGGAUAACUGCAUUAUUAUUGUGAAACAAACCGAAGAUGUGGUUUAGAGCCAGCAGCACUGACCCUUUCCUAGUUUCCCUAAUGCUAUCACUUCAAUAUUAAAACAAAUGGGAGGUUCUGACAUCCUAGACCAUCUCACUGACGCGCCACCAGGAAUCCAGUCUUGUCAUCACAUAAAUAAUCUAAAUGACCCUCAGAGAGGGACAGUGCAGUUUGACAUUCGGAUAACACCAGCAUUGGCUGCUUUUGUUGGUAGCAUGGAUUCAUGUUUUCUCAGAGAAACUUUUCACUUGAAACUGUUAUCUACUUGUCCAAAAGACCAGCUGCUGCGACACUAAUGCUAAGCCUAUGGGGAAGCACUGUUGACCUGCUCAGGUGCACAUCUGUGAUGCCGACAGACUUGGUUCAGUUUUUAUAGUUGUGUUGGUUUUCUUAAUUGAUUUUUGUUAAUAAUACCUUAAUCCGGGGUAGGGAGCCGUUGCACAAUGCAUUGCAUUAUAUAUACCUAUCACUGAUUUAAUGUUCCAAUGUAGAUAGACACUAUUAAAUAAGCAGUAAUUCCUUGAAAGGAGUACCUGUACCGAGUCCUAGGAAAUAAUGCUUGUAAUAAACUGUGUUACAUCAA